CGUCAAGGACACUCGUCUUCGUGCACCAUGGCUGCGGUCUGGACCUGCGUGGCGACACCGACGUUUUAUGGUCUCUGGCGCCGCGCCACCGACGGCGCUGUGCAGUGCGCCCUGGACACGGCGGCCGGGGAUUGCUACAUCACGCCGUCGCAAGCGCAGUGCGAAGCGCUCCAAUCGCGGUCGCUUGUCAGCAAGGCGUGCGACGCCAGCGCGCUGCAGAACGCAUCGGCACCUUGCAGCCUCGCCCAAGCCGCUCUUCCGCUCGACUGGAACCCGUGGACAUGCGUAAGCAAUCUUGCGACGACGUCCACUGCGCUCGUCAAGUCGGACGCCACCAACGCCACCGUCUGCUACUCGGUGGACCAUGCGGCGUGCGUGUGGCUCCCAAGCGCCGCCGACUGCAGCGCGCUUCGACAGACGGUGUCGGCGACGGCGAUCGGCCUGACGUGUGGUGACGCCGCGGCGCCCCGUGCGAUGGACUGGUGUGCGCUACCAGCAACAACGACGCCGUCGCCUGCCGAUGCGCCUGGCCUGCCCGCGUCCGCCACAUUCUGGAUCAUCGUGGCUGGCGUCGCACUUCUCGCGGCGGGUGUCGCUUACGGCAUCUGCAAGUGGUGUCCCAAGGCGCGUCGACCGGCAAACGAUUCCCGCACGGUCCUCGACUCGAGAAAAACGACCUUCUUUUACCCAGCGGAAAGCCAAUUUGACAGCUCGAUCGGAGACGACGCGCUGCUUCAAACGGUGGUCGUCCGCCCGAACGUGCAGCACCUCGAGUCGCUCACCCUCGGCGCUAAGCUUGAGCUCGGGGACUUGGCGUUCUGGCGGCUCGACGAAUCCCAGCUCGUGCCGCUUGCGACCCUCUCGGUCGGCACGUACGGGACUGUCCGCGUCGGCCGGUACCGCGACCAGCUCGUCGCGAUCAAAACGCCGCUUACGUCGGAGCGCACGGCACCCAUCAUCCAAGCCUUCUUGGAUGAAAUCACGCUCAUGACACGCGUCCAGAGCCCGUACGUGGUGCGCGUGGUGGGCAUCAGCUACAUUCGACUACUCGAUGUCGAGCUCGUCCUCGAAUACAUGGACAAGGGCGACCUGCACCACCACUUGGAGGUGACGCGGUCGAACGCCACGCUGCUCUUUCCAUGGCCGCAAAAGAUCGCGUGCGCCAAAGACAUUGCCAAAGGCCUCUUAGCGCUGCACACAGUGGGCAUCAUCCACCGCGACCUCAAGUCCCGGAACGUACUGUUCAACCACGCGAUGCAGGCCAAGGUCUCGGACUUUGGCGUCGCGCGCAAUGUCACCACCGCGACGAUGACGCAGGGCGUCGGCAGCUACCGCUGGACGGCCCCCGAGGUCUUGGAAGGCAAGCGGUAUGGUGUUGCCGCCGACGUCUACUCGUUCGGGAUGAUCCUCUCGGAGCUCGAUACGCACCACGUACCGUACUACGACCUCCAGCAGCCAUUGCAUUCGCUGCAGGAUUUUGUGCUCUUGCGCGACCGGCCGGCCACGCAGCAGCUCGUCAACGUCUCGGACGGAGUGCUCAUGGAGCGUGUCAUGAGCGGCGGCGUCGAGCCCAGCUUCAGCACGAGCUGCCCUGAUGCAGUGUACAACCUCGCGAUCCAGUGCAUCGCGUUUGACCCGACGACGCGCCCCAAGGCCAAGGCCAUCGUCCGGUACCUUCGUGACGCUCUGCGACUAGUAGGGUAGUAAAUCUCGAUGUAUUAGUGUAGCGAUGUUACUGUUUUACUAGUAGAUUGAAUUGGUUUUAGUUGGUCGACAUGUCGGUAACAUGGACGCCACAGAUCGCCAACGUAACAACAGGAUUUUGCAAUCUGUGCG